GAAAGCGGAAGUAAACAAAAAGCACGUAGCGGUCAAUUCAACUCUUGCUACAUUUGGAAUAGAUAGCUCAUUGUCGUAAUUUAAGUUUAUAUCGCAUGGUAUAUAAUAACAUUACUAGCCUGGUCUGUAUAUCAUUAUUUGAUACAACAAAUUCGUAUUUUUUAUUAUUUUGGUUUCUGGUUGCUAGCAUGUAGCGUUAGCCUUGCUAACAAGACCGACCUAAGCUAUUUCUUUAAGCUGGUUUUAGUCUUUUAAAUCUUUAUGGACAAACUGAAGCAUUGAAAGUAAACCGUCGGGAAGCCAGACAUUGCCUUGGAAAUAAAAAAUGAACGGUCAAGCUGAAGUAGAGGUGGAUUACAAGAGAAAAUACAAAAAUCUUAAACGCAAAUUGAAGUUUCUUGUAUAUGAGCAAGAAUGUUUUCAGGAGGAGCUAAGAAGAGCUCAAAGAAAAUUAUUAAAAGUUUCCAGAGAUAAAAGUUUUCUGUUGGACAGACUGUUGCAAUAUGAAAGAGUGGAUGAAGAAUCUUCUGACUCUGAAGCUACCGUGUCCUCUGAGAGUGAGGGAGAAGGAGCCAGAGAGAGAGACAGGGAAGCAGGAAAGAAGAAGAGGAGUCCAGGGGUUCCUCCGGUCCCCUCAUCACCGUCUUCUCAUCUCUCACUCCUGUCCCGCUCUGGAGCGGUUCCACUCCAGUCUUCUGCUCCUGCACAGUACCUGAAUACUUUACCUUUCCCUCCUGAGUAUUUGGCUCCCUCUGCUGAGCAAGUGAAGAAAGAGAGAAAAACUAAACUGGCCAAACACAAGAAAGACGGUUCGGGGAAGGUGGUCGGCCCACUGACAUCUAAUUACCCUGCAGGCAGUGGUGCAGCAGGGGGUGCGAGUGGGCCAUUCAGCUGGGUCCCACAGCAGAUGCUUAGUGAAGAUGCAGCUGAGGAGGAGGGGGAAAGUGAGGGAGACAGUGACAGAGAUGAGGAGAGAGGAGAGGGAGAUGAGGCAGAGCUGGUCAUCGACAUACCCAAUGAGUGAAGGUAAUAGAUGCACACGAGCGUGAGUGAGCAUUCAUCGGCAGGAAUGACAAAAUACUUCGGAUCAUUUUAAGGCUUGUUUUUUUACAGUCUUCCUAUUGCAUACAUUAUUAGAUAGUUAUAUUUGUCACAAGAUGUAAUAUGACACAUACUUAUUUGUCUUUAGAAUCAUCGAAAUAGUGUUUCUAGAAUCAUUCAGAUGUUUGAAUGUUGGUUAAAGGGAUAGUGCAUCUAAACAUUUUUUUUUCACUCACCCUCUUGUCAUUUCAAACAUGUAUUACUUUCUUUCUUCUGCAGUACACAAAAUAUAUUUUGAAGAAUGUUGACAGAGCAAUGGCUGUACCCUAUUGUAUGGACACGAAUCAAUGCAAGUUAAUGGGAACCCCCGUGGGUUGCCAACAUUCUUCAAAAUACCUUAUUUUGUGUUCUGCGGCCGACAGAAAGUGAAAUCCGUAAAUGAUGACAGAAUUCUCAUUUUUGGGUGAACUAUCCCUUAAAUGUUCAGAAUUUUAUGAUUCAUCACAAAACUGGAUCUGUGUUAUGCCGGUUGAGACUUUUUAAAAUUAUCCAAAGAAGGUCAUGUGUUCUGGUUGCUUUCCUUAAAAGACUGCUAAACUGCAAUGGAUUACCUGUUAGAGGAGACAAAAAUGUGCAGUAAAUAUAGAGUUGUCAGUCAGUAUUUAGAAAUGUGAAAGGUGAGUUAGUGAGCAGAAGAGUGAGUAAAAAACAGAGUGAGAGCCACACCUAUUUUACCCAAGAGGACAUGAACACUAGUCCAGACAAGUUGCUAUGGGAUCAUAGAACAUGCACACGCACCAAAACAACAGGCAUAUAUUAAAUAUAUUAUAUAAUGCAUGUCUGUAGUCCCUGCAAUUCUGUUUUCGGCCAUUAAUUGUGUUUUUUCUUUACACAGGUGCCAACGGACAACACAGUCACAAAUUUGUUAAUUUUUUUAAAUGCCAUAUUUAAUGAUGUUUGUUUGUCCAAGUAACUUCUAAUUAAUACGAUUAAAAAAAUCUAUUUCUCUUG